AUGGGCGAAAUGGUCAAAAGAGGCCUCUUUGAACCAAAGAAUGUCGUUAUAACAUGCUCGAGCAGUGGCAAAUUGACUUCUUCUCUUGUGCGCUAUUGGCGUGAUCAUUGUUUACUACCAUUUGUUGGCAAUAAAUCUCUUCUGCUAUCUGAUAGCUGGCCCGGUCAAGGCGACGAAGAUUUAUAUACGAAAGAGGGUUGUGGUGGCAAAUUAGUUCAGCGCCUCGCCAUUCCACCUAAAACAACAUCGGAUCUUCAGCCCCUCGACUGCUACACAAACCGUCAAAUAAAGAAUUUUAUCAAAAAAUGCCAUCAGCGAUUUUCAAUCUAUGUAUUAUUAUCCGGGUUAUUCCUCUAUGUUCAAUCAACAUUCGAUGAUAGUACAACGACAUUUUCCACAUUAAGCUUACCGUCAAAUGAUGCUUCAAUCGAUUAUCGAAUUCUGCCCUAUGUAGGCAAUGGCCACAUUGCAACUGUUGUGCUUAGUAAUUCAGUGUACAUGAACGGAAUCUAUAAUGGAGAAAAUGGUACAAGUCAUCGUGCUCGUAUCCCGUCAACGCACAACUGGUAUAUACGCUCACCCUCAAGAUCCAAUUUUACAAAAUCAUUGUACACACUUAAUGUAUCUGCAGGCGUACAAAUGUUGGUGAUGCCAGAUGCUUUAGAACUUCUUGAAUAA